UUUGACGGAAGGUGAGUGCUGUAUUGACUUUGCAACAUAACCGAGGGAAUACGGACUACAUUGUUUCUCGGCUUACAAACGACUACCCUGCGGCAGUAACAGUUUAGCCAUCGUUUUGGCACAGCUGUAACGAACAACAUGCGAUGCGAAAAUAGUUACCGUAAGUACUCGAGAGUGUGCAGCUAAUAAAUUACUUCAACUUUUCGCUUUGCGGACUUUCCGCCGGGAGAAGACAAUGGCUGGUAAAAUUGUCUGACACCAUGCACAAAGUAAACACACAUUUUUCCACCCUGUAUUAGGAUAAAUGGUUUGCUAAGGAAAAUUUUAGUUUGCCAACGAAGUUCAGUUUAUUAUCGAAUAUGAAGCCGUUGUUACUAUUCUUUUUAUUCUUACUUAGUAAUAAAGAAAUUCUUGGAAAAGUAUUCACCAUUAAUAGAGAUGUGAGUGAUUGGUACCCAACAUGGGAUAGUCUUGAUAAGAGACCAUUACCGGAUUGGUACGAUAAAGCAAAAGUUGGAAUUUUUCUCCAUUGGGGAGUAUACAGUGUUCCUGGAUUUGGGUCAGAAUGGUUUUGGGCAGAUUGGAAAUCCAAUUCCCCAGAUUAUGUUAAUUAUAUCGAAAAGAAUUUCCCCCCAGGAUUUUCUUAUCAAGAAUUCGCGAAAGAUUUUAAAGCUGAAUUUUUCUCACCAGAUACGUGGGCAGAACUUUUUGCACAAUCAGGUGCAAAAUAUGUUGUUUUAACUAGUAAACACCACGAAGGUUUUACAAUGUGGCCAUCAUCCUAUUCAUUCGGUUGGAACGCCAUGGAUAUUGGCCCUCAUCGAGAUUUAUUGGGCGAAUUAGCUACAGCCAUAAGAAAUGUAGGGCUUCGUUUUGGUACAUAUUAUUCUCUUUACGAAUGGUUUAACCCACGUUAUCUCGCUGAUAAAAAGAAAAAUUUUACAACGCAAGAUUACGUCGAUCACAAGAUGUUACCGGAGUUAAAAGAACUGAUCGAAACUUACAAACCAGAAGUAAUUUGGUCUGAUGGAGAUUGGGAGGCCAAGGAUGAGUAUUUUAGGUCAAAAGAUUUUUUAGCUUGGUUGUAUAAUGAGAGUCCAGUUAAAGAAAGCGUUGUGGCUAAUGAUAGAUGGGGUUCUGGUAUUCCUUGUCAUCAUGGUGGUUAUUACACAUGCACAGAUAGAUAUAAUCCAGGUGUUUUGCAAUCUCAUAAAUGGGAGAAUUGCAUGACUGUUGACAAAAUUUCAUGGGGGUACAGGAAAAAUGCCAAAAUUUCCGAUUAUUUAACACCAAACGAGCUAAUAAAAACUUUGGUUGAAACUGUGAGUUGCGGAGGAAAUAUUUUGAUUAAUGUCGGACCAACAAAAGAAGGGACAAUUAUUCCCGUUUUUCAAGAGCGUCUUCGCCAAUUAGGGGAAUGGUUAAAAAUCAACGGAGAAGGGAUUUACGAAACUGUACCUUGGGAUGUUCAAAAAGAUGAUAAAACACCAAAUGUUUGGUACACAUCUAGUUCAAAAAAAGAUAUCAUAUAUGCAAUCGUAUUAGAAUGGCCUAAUAAUGACAUCUUGGAACUAGGAAGUGUUGUAAAACUUUUUUAUUACAAAAACACCACAGUACAAUUAAGAUCAAAUACUUUAAAGUGGAUGUACCUAAAUGAUUACGUUAAAAUCUUCAUGGUAAAAGAAGGAAUUGAAGACGCCCCUUGGGGAUGGGUUUUAAAAAUAAAAGGAUUUAAAUAAAUUCAAAUAUAUUAAUGUAUAAAUUUUUAUUACAAUAAAUUUGCUUA